AUCCAGCAUCAGUACCGACGAUGAAGUUGUUCACGGUUCUUGCAUUGGCGGCAACAUUGGCGGUUGCAACCGCUGCCUUCGUGCCAAAUACCAACCAGGUUAAAUACGCCGACAAGGAAUGGCUCCACAAACAGGAAGAUCUGCUUCUGUUGUUCCGCCAUGUGUACCAAAAAGACUGGAACCCACAGUUGGUAGCCUACGCUAAGAAUUUCAUGGUGGAAAAGAACUUCCAUCUGUAUCAGAACGAAAAUGCUGCCAAGGAGUUUUGGACUUACUACAGCCAUGGAAUGCUCCCGAAGGGUGAGGUGUUCUCAGUGUUCAACGAAGUGCACCGCGAGCAAGCAGUCGCCUUGUUCCACUUGUUCUACUAUGCAAAGGACUGGGACACUUUCUACAAGACCGCCGCCUGGGCCCGCUAUUAUAUCAAUGAAGGUAUGUUCGUGUACGCCUUGACCGUUGCUGUGACACACCGUCAGGAUUUCGCUGGAUUCGUACUACCCGCUCCGUAUGAAAUCUACCCGUACUAUUUCAUCAACACGGAGGUGAUCCAGAAAGCCCAGCAAUACAAGAUGCAGGGAUAUUACGGCAUGAAGAAGGUUGGCGAUGUCUACACUGCUGUCGUUACAAACAACUACACCGGAUGGUAUAUGCAUACGAACCCAGAGCAGAAGAUUUCGUACUUUACUGAAGACAUCGGGCUGAACACUUACUACUACUAUUUCCACAUUGACUAUCCAUUCUGGAUGGGAGGAAAGGAGUUUGGUUUGUACAAGGAUCGCCGAGGUGAGCUGUAUCUAUACGAGCAUCAGCAGCUGUUGGCUCGCUACUAUUUGGAACGCCUAUCGAACGAUAUUGGUCACAUCCCGGAAUUCUCUUGGUUUUGGCCAAUCAAAACCGGAUACUAUCCAGAUCUCCAAUACUACAACGGACAUACUUUCCCGAAUCGUGAUAACUUCUACUUUGUGAACCAAGAAACCAACUACUACGACAUUCAGCUUAUCGGUGAUUACGAACAUCGCAUCCGCGAAGUGAUCGAUCGUGGAUUCCUGCUGAUGCCCGACGGUAAGUUGAUCAACUUCACCACAUCGGAAGCCAUUGACUACCUUGGCAAUCUGAUCCAGAGCAACCCCGAUAGUUACGAUAGCCGUUUAUACAAGUACUUGAGCAUGUUCUCCCGUAUCCUAAUGGGUGCUGCCGUUGAACCCGUUGAGCCUUACCAAGUUAUCCCAAGUGUCUUGGAACAUUUUGAGUCAUCUUUGCGUGAUCCAGUGUUCUAUCAGAUCUACAAACGCAUCAUCCACUACUACUACCAAUUUAAGGAUCACCUGCCAUCGUACACCUACGAAGAGCUGUACUUCCCAGGCGUCAAGAUCGACGAUGUCGUUGUCGACAAAUUGGUAACAUACUUCGAUCGCUUCGAUGUAGACAUCACUAACGCCAUUGACAUUGAACCUGAGGCAUACGUUGAGGGUAAGUACGAUGGAUUCGGUGAGAUUGAAUACAAACCGGAUCCAGUGGUUAUCAAAGCACGUACCAUUCGCUUGAACCACAAGUCAUUCACCUACAAAAUGAGCGUCACUUCGGAGAAGGCUGUCAAAUCAGUUAUUCGUGUUUUCAUCGGACCUAAGUACGAUGAAUUCGGAUCCCAAUACUUGUUGAACGAAAAUCGUGAAAAUUACUACGAGCUGGAUUACUUCAUGUACGAUUUGGUAACGGGCAAGAAUGUUAUCACCCGUAAUUCUCUCAACUUCAAUGGUUACGUCAAGGAUCGCACUUCGUUCUAUGAGCUGUACAAGAAGGUCAUGCUGGGCUACAAGGGUGAUGAAAAGUUCCCGCUGGAUAUGUCCGAAGCUCACUGCGGCUUCCCGAACAGACUGAUGCUACCGAAGGGCAAGAAGGGCGGUAUGCCGUUCCAGUUCUUCUUCAUGAUCUCACCGUACUACGCUCCAGAGGUGCAGCAAUAUACUGGUUUCGACCCGGUCGUGUCCUGUGGAGUCGGAUCCGGUGCGCGGUACUUCGACAAGCUGCCAUUCGGUUAUCCCUUUGACCGCAAGAUUGAUGAAACCUACUUCCACGUGCCGAACAUGUUCUUCGAGGAUGUGGUGAUCUUCCACAAGAAGGAAGGCGAUGUCAACACUGUUAUUUAAACAAAAUUCGAACGCUUCAACGAUUUAGACAUUAAGUCUACGAAAUUAGAUUUUCCACAUCGCCUCGUGGCCAAUGCGGGGAAUCUAGAUUCGUUUAUGCUAUAAUGUGAUAUUGUUUGUAAUAAAAAGAUGAGCGAACUAAAAAAA